CUUAAUGUUCCUACUUGUUUAAAACUAUAUUUUUUCUUGACACAUUAUUUGCAUCUAAUUUAAAAUAGAAGCUUCUUUUCUGUACUGCGUGUAUCAUCACCCACAGGAUAAUGAAAUACAUAGUUCGUAGUAAUAGAAGCUGGAUUACAGGCACACACACAAAGUGCAUCAGAGCAAUUAUAGUUGAGCUAAAUGAAGCAUGUGAAUUUUAAUUGAAAAUGGUUUUGAUGACACUUGCAUUGGAGCUCUACGCUAUAAUCACGUAUUGUUGAAGGCUGUGGACUGACGGCUCACCGUAAAAGUAAGUGUGUCUUUUCUUUAUUAAAUAGAACAUAUUGUCAGAUUGAGGUUCAACACUGUCUGUAAAAGCUUAUUUGAACUAGGGUGGUAAAUAUACAACAUACAACACCCUCACCCAACGGUGGCUGAUGACAGUUAGAACAAGUAUUGCAAUUGUUAUUGAAUCUCUGUCAGCAGUAGCAGCUCUAACUUCCCUCACUUACAUAUUAUAUAAUAAAUUCUGAUUUAUAAUAAACUCUGAUAUGCUCUGUAUUCCUUAUCUCCCAGUGAGUGAGUGGUUUAAUGGGACUGUGUUCAUGGAACGUCCAUGGCCAGAGCCAGAGAAGUGGCUGCUGGUGGUUGUGUUGGGACUAGAGAUGGUCAUGGGAGUUGUGGGAAAUUGUUUUGUUCUGCUGGUCAAGGUCAAGUGCAAGGGUCAGUUCAGCUGUCGUUAUUGGCUUCCUUUUUUCAGCCUCACCAUGUCAGAUUUAGGCUCCUCCCUCCUCAUAAUCUGCGGCUCUCUGUUGGCCAUGCUGACAGGAGGUCAGAGGUCACCUUGGUGUGAGGUCGUCAGCCUGCUCAAGUUUGCCUUCAUCACCUCUUCCAUUGGGAGCAUAGCUAUCCUCUGUGUGCAACAGCUGUUUGGCAUGGCCUCCACAAGAAGUCCUCUCUUUGUUGUCAUGGUAACAGCCUGCUUGGCCUCUUGGGUGACAGGGGUGGUGUUUGGGAGUAUGCCUGUCGUCUACGCCUGGAUCAGGUACGACCCUGCAGAGAUGCUGUGCGCUGUCUUUUGGGAGAACAACUACUCAGAUAUGUUGGUUUACAUUCUCUGCGCUUUCUCCAUCUGUAUCUUCCUCCCCUUCAUCCUCAUUGUCUUCUGCUCUCUACUGAGUGCCACUGGCUUCCGCUCGAGCUGCAACAGUGAUGAUGAAGCAGAUCUGUCUACAGUCAGUCCUCUGCUGGUUGCCUCUUACAUGCUCUGCUACACCCCCUUUGUUGCGUCUGAGCUGAUCCUGCUGGGUAGGAUGGACCUGUCCCCGGCACCUGAUUGGUUAAGGACACUGUCAUCAGUGAUGUCAUACCUCGACUGUAGUCUGAACCCUCUUAUUUACUGCUCCAAUCAGAACUUCCGGGAGGCGGGCCUGGCCCUGCUAUGGACCAGAAGCAAACCAUCGGCAGAGCCUGUCCUCACCUCUAUCACUAGACAUGACGCGUAAACUAAACAUGUGAGGGGUUCCGAAAUUAUUCCCCAGAAAGCUCAAGAACCCAACAAUGAGACAUCUCACACACCGCUGCAUUUAUCUGAGUUUCAAAGAAUGAGGUCUGUUCCUUCCAUGGAAAUGAGGACCUGCCCAAAACGGAUUUUGAUACUGUAUGGGACUUGUUUUUAGACAAUCUGAGUUGUGGCUAAUCUGUAGGAAAUUUAGAGUGAGAUUCAAGGGAUACCAUAAGUAAUCAAAUAUUGUUAACUUGUAUGCAUUACAGGUUUCCUAAAGUUUACAUUUUCUUAAUAUGUUUAAUUUAUUUACCCCCAUUCAGUGUGGAACUUGUACAAGAUGGUUUCACACACAGUGCCUUCGAACGACAGCAGCACAAAUACCAAAAAAGAUACCCCUUGCAUGGUAUUGUGUGUUGUCUAACAGCCCAAUCUAAGUAGGCUGGAGGUAAGUUGGCUAAUACUUACCAAAAAUAGGAAGGUUUAUGUCUGGGGAAAGUAGAUAUUAGUUACAAAUGUUUUGAUUCUUUUUUCAACAUAAAUUUUUCAUGAUAGAUGAAAGUAGUAAUUAUAUUGUAUUUUGUAUGUAAACGUUAGGAUUGUUGAUGUAUUUAUAAAUAUUGUACAGGAAGAUAUGGUAUAGUUACUGUAUGUAAGCAGUAUUUGUUUUGCCACAUCUAUUUUUUACAUUUUCUUUUAAUUGUACUGUAUCAAACUCGUCAAAAUGUUAUUCUAGGGGAACAAAUCAUGUGUAUAUUGGUAUGUAAUAAUUCAUAAAGAUUUAAUGUGUGAACUACUUGACUACUAUGAUGGCUUUUAUCAUAAUGUGUGUGAUAGUAUUUUUUAAUUCACAGCAUAGGUUUACAAUUGCACUAGUUUGACCAAAUCACUGAUAUUACCAGACUUUAAGUAAUGACCACUGGGUUAAAUAAUUUCUCAGAAGAAGCAAUUAUUUAAUAUAAGAUUUAUUGUUUGUUUAUUUGAGUAUGAAUUAUAAAUCAUGAAAGUGCUCCUUAUCCAUUAUUUUGGUUUCUGGAAAGCAAAUAAGACAGUUUUACAUUUUAUCGAUGUUGAACACAUUUUUGGUUCAAAUGAAUCCAAAUUGAUCAAACAAUCUUAAAACCCAGUGGUUUUGCAUUAUCAUGAGAUCCUGGUGACUG